AUGCGUUCCGAUGGAUUUUUUUUUUCUCCGACUGAAGCACGUUUUCUCACUUUCUGCCAGGGUGAUGGCAAAGAUGGACUCCAGUCUCAGUGGUACAGGGAAAUGCAUCAUCGCAUCCACCAGCAACCGGACACCGAUGUGGGCUAUAUCCAAGUGCAGUACACGAGAAAAAGUGAGUGUUUGCUUCAAGAAAAGUUGAGUGAUACCGAUUCACCGAGGCCGUCGUCGUUGACAGCGAGGUUUCCUUAUGACGGGAUUGCGGGUUACACGUCGGAACCCGAGCAAGACUUUCAGGCCCGUGGCACUCGAGCUCUGGCUCACGACUUCUCCUCAGUCCGCCCUGAGAAAUCCGAGGCGAACGAGCCGGUCAAGUACACACUUCCUGUGUACAGGAAUGCGCCAGGCAAGAUAGAAAAUUAUUUGCCCGGGAAGUCGUCGGUCGCCACGAGGAAAAGCUGUGGCUCAUCUCGGUGCCGCGCCCCGUCGUCCGGCGUUUUAACUGCGCGUGGCCGUGCUCGCCUUUUUGGCCGACCUGAAAAUAUUCUGCAGCCCAGUGCUGUCCAACUCGGAUGUGUGGCCAAGGGCCACAUCGUAGAGGGAUGCAGUGGUCCUUGUGGGCCGCAAUGCACCAGGACUUUCUGGAGAUUCGAAAUCCAAAAUUGA